AUGUUUUGAAUGACAGACAACACAAAACAUAACAACAACUACUUGUAAAAUAUAAAAGACUUGAAGUGAAGAAUUGAAUCCAAUCGAGAAAAUUAUCCGAAGAUUAUCUGAAUGUUUGAGCUGUUGAUGUAGUGAUCAUCAGUACAGUACUAAUAAAGUGGUCGCCACUGACAUCGCUGACAUGGGUUACGAUUGUUUACGAUUUGCCGUCGAAGUGCCCGAAGAGCUGAUGUGCUCCAUCUGUAAUGACGUGUUAUGCGAACCGCUGGUCACCGAAUGUGACCACUUAUUUUGUCGCGAAUGUAUUACCGAAUGGUUGUCCGUCAAUCGUACGUGUCCUAUCGAUCGGCUGUACAUAACCUCACGUAAUCUGCGGACAGCGCCCCGCUAUGUGCGCAACCAAUUGGGCCGACAGCUCCUUAAGUGUGACUUUGCCGACGACGGCUGCCAAACGAUGGUAACAUUGGAUUCGCUGUACAAACACGUCAACGAUUGUUACUAUAAUCCGAAAAAACGUCUGAUCUGUCAGAAGGGCUGCGAACGAUGGAUGACAAGAGAACAGCUUCAGAACCAUAACUGUUGGCGAGAUUUACGCAACGAUAUGAUCAAACAGGAAGAAGUAAUUGCAGAUCUGAGACGUUGGCGAUACGGACUAAUCGGUUGUCUUAUUGUACUAAUGCUAUACAUAUUGUUUCCGACAUUAAUGGUCAGUAUGUGCUUUGAAAAUCUCUUGGUAUUGAUGCCGACGACAACAAUGUCUGCCGUCUCUACUACCGGUGCAGCUAAUAAUGAUGACAACUCUGGCACCUAAUAAUGACAGUCAGUCUCCGUCUAAUAGUCRAGAAGAAGAAGG